AUGGGUAAGAAAAAGGUCAAGAAUAGUCAGGACCUAAGCAGUGUUGCCUCUACUAGCAGCCCCAUCCUGGAGCUUAGUUUCCCGGAACCUCUAUUUGCAUUGUGUUGUCAUCCUGAAAAACCACUAAUAUUCUCGGGACAGGCUUCAGGCCAUGUUAUGUGCCAUAGAUACGAUGCCAAAAUCUUGCAAGAGCGUAUGAAACGGAGCGAGGAAACUGCUGCUAAAUCUGAUUCCAAAACCAAAGAGAAAGAGGAGCAAGAAGCUAAAAAAAAGUUUUGGGUCUUUGUUGAAGCUAAAGACGACGGCAGCACUGACACUGAGGGUCUAAAAUUGCAAUGGAAGACAAAAAGACACAAGGGAAGCGUACGAGCCAUGUGUCUGGAUGCAGAUGGUACUCACAUUUACACCAUUGGAGUGGACUGCGUGCUCAAAAAGGCAAACGCGGAAACUGGUAAAGUGGUGAAGAAAAGACAGAUCACGGAAGACAUUGGUGUCAAAAUGACCAAGCUUUUCAAGUCAAACACGCACCCGUUUUUAUUGGUUGGAGACGAAAACGGGAAUGUAUUAGUUCUUGAUAGUGAAAGUCUGGCAUUGAAAACUACCAUAAGGAAAAUUCACUCUGGCGAUGCGAUCAAUGACAUUUUCCAAUUCACUGGACAGUCCUUAUACAAAUUUAUCUCUGUGGGUCAAACCACCCUGGCGUAUUGGGAUUCCCGUGAAUCCAACGAUUCUGAUUUCAAGAUACCAGCCGACGACCUGGAUGCAAAGCGCAAAGUGCGGCUGAGUGAUGAUCAAGAGGACGAAAUUCUGUGUGGAGCUUUUGUGGAUCCUCAAAACGGCGAUACAUUGGUUUGUGGCAUGGGUGAAGGUAUUCUCACCGUGUGGAAGCCCAAGAAAAACGAUUUGGUCGAUCAGAUCAGUCGUAUCAAGGUCAAGAAAAACGAAAGCUUGGACUGCGUGAUUCCUACUUUGCAAGACGACAAUUCAGUGUGGACGGGAUGCUCCGAUGGUCAAGUUUACAAAAUCAACGUCAAGACAGGAAAAAUAACGGAGAUACGCAGACACAGUGGGAUGGAUGAAGUUGCUUUCUUGGAUCUGGACUGUGAAUACCGUCUAGUUUCCGGUGGCAUGGACAAGAUCAAGCUCUGGGAGCUUGUAAAGGACGAAACAGGAGUGGAGGACGAGUUAUCUGCGGUUGAAAGUGACGGCGACGACGGCGAUUCCGUUUCGAGUGGCAAUUCCAGUUCCGAAGACGAGUCAAAUUCCGAUGCCGAUUCUGGCUCUGAUCCUGACACUGAUUUCGACGCUGAUCCUGACGCUGAAAACGAGAGUUCAAGUGAAGGAGAUGAUGAGCUUGUAGGUCUGAGCAAGGAAGAACUGCUGAAAGAACUGGACAAAGAUCUCAAUGGUAGCACCGAUGAAGAUGAAAAUGCUGGGACUAAACAAAAGACUUCCGAGAUUCGUGGCGAUGUCAAGCCCUCGUCCAAAAAAAGGAAACUAGAACAGAAACCCUUAACAUCCAAGCAGCUUCGAAACCUACAGAAGCACGAGCACGGCAUAAAGAAAUUUUCUGGGUUGUAA